UAUUGUUAUUUCACGAAGGACCUUUUGUGAGUUGUAGUGCUGAAUUUGUGGAAACGGAUGCCAGGAAAGGGGAAAUGAGGCAAUGAAAAUACGUAGCAUUCACAUAAGAUUUUGGUUUUCUGUGUCCGAUGUGUAAAGCAUCAGUAGGCCACUAAAAAGAGACAGUUUCAUUGGUGCAGAUAUGGCAGAAGGUUUCUCAGACAAACUGUUUUCUGUGUGUGAUAUUGCCAGUAAAGGAAUCAGAAGAAAAAUAAGAGAUCACAAAUGUCCUCACUCUGCCCCGCGAAAGACAUUUGAACCCAAAGACAGGAGGCAAGAAGAAGGAGAUACACACAGUUUUUUUUUGGGCAGUCUUUCUUCUACUGCUGCAACUGAAAAGCGAGAAAAUAAUAAGAAAACAUGCAGUAAUGUUGACAAAAGUGGUCGUGGCAGGUUGCCUUCAAAAUAUAAGAACUUAGGUGUUACUCAGUGGUUUGGUACCAGUGUAAAACAGUCGGGAAGUAAUUGUCAUUUAUUAUCACAUGACAGCAAAAAAAAGAGAAAUACUGUUCAGUGGAGUUCCCGUGAUCAGCUCAAUAGUUCAACAAAAGCUAGUUUUGAAACCGGUGCCCAACAUUCCGAUGAGAAAUCUGUCACUGCAGGAGGCGUAUACAAAACGGGCAUUCACAGACAUUGUAUUGAUGAAACUAGUUCUAGAUUUGUUAGGAACAGAUCAUGGUUUGAAGACAAGCAGAAAUCUUUUACCUCAAUUAAAGGGACUGGAUAUAAGUUUCUGGAAAAUCUUAUUGAUAAAGAUCCAAUAGAUGUUGUUGUAAAAUUAGCAAGCUCUAAAACUGGGUUUGAUGAAAUGUUAAAAAAGAAAAUGAGCCCUGAUUUAAUACACCUUACAAUAAGAAUCCUCGCAGAAAAAGUCUGUGCAGCUGGGUUUCAACACAACAAAACAACUGUUUUGAUUAUAGCAUGCCAGCCAUAUUUUUUAAACCAGCUCGAAGGACAAAUCAACAAAAUUCCAACUGAACAGCAGUCGAGGAAAUCGAAAAUAUUGCCUUUCUUAGAAAAUCUUCUAAUAUUUUAUGAAACAGUUCUUAAUGUACUCCCACAAACUGCAUGUGAAAAAUUUAAUAAUCUGUUUAUUAUGACAGAACUGUCCAUAGAAGGAGCUAAGAGAUACCAAAACAUAAACUGUGAUGACAUUAAGAAGAAGCUUGAAGAUGUUAUUGCCCAGCUAAAAAGCAAGAGAGAAGAAUAUGAACACAGUCCAAUAAAAACAAGUAGCAAAAUGGAGCAGCUCCAAUAUUUGCAGCCCCCUGAUAAUUUUAGACACUCCAGUAUAUUCCCAACUGUUGAAGAUUUUGCCAACAAACCAUUUUUGCGACCUAGCAUCGUCAAAGGGGCAUAUAUUGAUGUUGAACAUUACCUAGACGUCCAGUUCCGCUUGUUGAGAGAAGACUUUGUGGGUCCUUUACGUGAUGGUAUAGCACAAUAUAUGGAACAUUGUCUUCAAGGCCAGAAAAGAUUUAAGAGGAUUGACAAUGUGCGAAUAUAUCGUGAUGCUCAGUUUGUAAACACUGUAACUGUUAAAGAAAAAGUAGGUGUGUUAUUAAAUUUUGAUACCAAAAGGAAGCUGAAAAAUAUUCAUUGGGAACAUUCCAAACGUUUUAUGUUUGGCUCUUUGUUGUGUUUUACACGAGAUAAUUUUGGUACCUUCUUUUUUGGUACAGUACUGGACAGGGAUAAGAAACAGCUAGAGAAGGGUUGCGUUGUGGUUGAACUUUGUGCCGAAAUAGACUCAAACAUGUUCUAUGAAUUUUUUACGGUAGCAGAAAGCGAAGUUUACUUUGAACCAUACAGGCAGGUAUUAAAUGCAUUGCAGAAUAUGCCAUUUACAGAAUUUCCAAUGAAGCCUUAUAUUGUUGAUGGGAUUACAGAAGUGAGUCUACCCCAGUAUAUAUAUGCAAAUCCAGAUUCAGUAGUGUACAACAUUGAUGACUUCAGAGUGCCUGUUACUGAAUUGGAUGCUUGGCCUACAGAAGAUGAACUGAAUUUGGAUGUUUCACAGUAUAAGUCAUUCAAAUCUGCUUUGACAAAGGAGUUUGUUAUAAUACAGGGACCACCAGGCACAGGCAAAACUUUCCUGGGAUUGAAGAUAAUGCAUACUUUUCUCAACAACCAAAACAUAUGGAACAUUAACCAUAGACCUAUUCUUGUAGUUUGCUACACUAACCAUGCUCUGGAUCAAGUCCUGGAAGGCACUUUACAACAUACAACAAGAAUAAUUCGAAUUGGUGGUCAAUCACAGUCGAAAGCUCUAGAGCCAUAUAAUCUGAAAGAAAUUAGACGAACUCGUGCACUGAAACUAUCUACAUCACAUACCAGGGAGAUAUUCAGACAAAUGCAAGAUGUCAUCAGUCACAUUCAUUCUCUGCAACGAGAUAUAGAGAAAAUGGCUAACAACUGGGGGGUAGUCAGUGUUUCUUCAUUGAAGGAAAUGGGACUUACUGAUAAACAACUUGUAUCAUUUAUAGAUAAACAGUCAGUCAGUGAUGAACUUUUCAUAGAAUGGUUGAAGGGAGAUGGAAAUGACAAUCCAGAUAAUGAAUUUCAGCAGGGUCAGGCAAAUUCCUGUAAUAGUACAAGUCUUGAUGAUUUAUGUAGUGAAGCUGGUGAUAACAUGGGUGCUGAAGAUGAUGAUGAUGACAACAACAUUAAUGUAUUCCAUGAUGAAUACGAUCUGGUUAUACAAAUUGUAAGCACAAUACAGUUAAAAUAUGCCCUUCAGCUAUCACAUCUUCGUGCACACAGUCAAUAUUGUCAAGAGCAGAUGGAGUGUUCACAAGAUAACCAGGAGGAUUUCCUGAAGUAUCAGCAGCUGUGGCUGUAUAACACAGGCCUCUACAGGUUCUUCAAGAACCGCCUUACACAGGAUGUCAGUAUGGAUGGACAUCUUACUGAGAGAUUGACACGUGUUCACAACCUCUGGGAUCUUAACAUAGAAGAACGUUGGUAUUUGUACAAAUAUUGGUGUCAAUGUUUACACUCAACUCUCAUGAAGAGGGUGUGGCAGUUACAAGCACAAUACAAACAGUUGUGUAUGCGAUAUGAUGAAAUACGUGAUAUUGCGGAUCUCUGUAUAAUGCAAGAUGCCCUUGUUGUUGGCCUGACAACAUCUGGUGCUGCAAGGAAGCAGUCUUUGUUGCAGGAACUGAAACCACGAAUAGUAAUAGUUGAAGAAGCAGCAGAAGUGCUAGAGUCACAUGUUGUCAUUUCUUUAACAAAGGCCUGUGAACAUCUCAUUCUCAUAGGUGAUCACAAACAGCUGCGACCUUCAACUGCAGUCUUUGAGUUAGCAAAAAAUUUUAAUUUUGACAUUUCGUUGUUUGAACGGAUGCUUCAGAAUGGAAUGCAAUAUGACUGUUUGGAAGUUCAGCACAGGAUGAGGCCGGAAAUAGCAAAUCUUAUCACUCCAAUGAUUUAUCCAACAUUAAAGAGUGCACCAUCUGUUUACCAAUAUGAGAAGGUGAAAGGGGUCACAAAAAACCUGUUUUUCAUCAACCACAGAUUUCAUGAAGAAGAGGUGUCUGAAAUAGUCAGCUGCCGAAAUUUGUUUGAAGCAGAAUUCCUAAUCGCUCUUUGCAGAUACCUUUUACUUCAAGGAUAUGAAGAAACUGAAAUUACCAUAUUGACAACUUACUCUGGGCAAAUGUUCUACUUGAGGAAACUGAGAAGGGAAUCUGGUGCACUACAAAACAUUCGAAUAACUGUUGUAGAUAACUUCCAAGGAGAAGAAAACAAAAUAAUUUUACUGUCAUUGGUACGGAGCAAUGAGGAUGGCAAGAUUGGUUUCCUUAAAGUUGAAAACAGAGUAUGUGUAGCCCUCUCAAGAGCUAAAGAAGGCUUUUACAUAAUUGGUAACAUGGACACACUAACUAAGAGCAGCCAAAUAUGGCCAAAAAUAAACGAAACACUCAUGAAACAAGAUGCAUUUGGCUCUCAUCUGACAUUAAAAUGUCAGAUACAUCCAACUGAGGAAACAAAGGUGGCCUCAGCAGCUGACUUUAAGGCUGUUCCUGAAGGAGGUUGCAGCCUUCCUUGCGAGGCAGAUCUUCAGUGUGGCCACAAAUGUCAGAGUGUGUGUCAUGUAAGGAACAGAUUCCAUGAAAAUUAUAAGUGCUACUUUCCUUGUGAAAGGAUUCCGCAGCAAUGUCCAUUGGGCCACAAGUGUCUUAAGAAAUGUUUCCAAGAUUGUGGAGAUUGUAAGAUGCCUAUGGAGAAGGUGCUUCCUUGUACACAUGUAAAGACCUUAGCUUGUCAUGUCAAUGCUAGUGAGUACCAGUGUCAGGAAGUAGUGGAAGCUGUACUGGAACCAUGUAGUCACAAAACUAAAAAACUUUGUUUUCAAGAUAUUCAAAAAUUGCGUUGUCCAUUUCCAUGUGAAGACAGGCUUGUUUGUGGACAUAGCUGUGUGAGAAAUUGCCAUGCAGGAGAUGAUCCAGACCAUCUUGAGUACAAAUGUAAUAAACCUUGUGAAAAAAACAAUGCUGUUUGCAAAAAAAAUCACAAGUGCUACAAGAAGUGUUAUGAGGAAUGUGGAGAAUGUGUUGUCGAAGUCAAAGUACAACUAAGUUGUGGACAUACGCAUCACAUACAUUGCAGUUCUGAUCCAUCAGAAGUGAAAUGUCGUAGGAACUGCAAGCGUACAAUGGAAUGUGGGCACAAAUGUCAUCUUCUCUGUUUUGAGCAGUGUGGAAAUUGUGCAGUUGAGGUACAAAAAGUUAUUCCAGACUGUGGACAUGAAGUUCUUGCAGAAUGUUCUAAAGAACCCACACGUAAUAUGUGUAGAAAGACUUGCAAAAGACUUCUCCCAUGUGGACAUCAUUGUAAGAGCAUGUGCCGCAAUCCAUGCACUUCACAGUGUGAGGAACUUGUACACAGUCAUAUUAGACCAGUAUGUGGUCAUGCUGUUGAAAUUCCAUGUUAUCUGAGAAGCAAAGGAUUAUCACCAUACAGUGCCAAGUUGUUAUCGAGGUGUGAAAUGCCUUGUGGGGAAGUCCUGGAAUGUGAACACAUGUGUGCUGGGACUUGUGGUAAAUGCCAUCAAGGUCGUUUACAUUUGCCAUGCCAGGAAAAGUGUGGUCGUCUGCAAAUAUGUGGACACGGCUGCAAUGUUGAUUGUGCAAAAAGUUGCCCGCCUUGUAAGCGGAAGUGCGAAUAUCGAUGCAAGCAUUCACGUUGCAGUUUGAAAUGCGGUGUUCCUUGUACACCCUGCAGGGAACCGUGUGAAUGGCGCUGUAAACAUAUCCGAUGCACAAAGCUUUGCUAUGAGCUUUGUAAUCGUUCUCCAUGUUAUGAACCAUGCGAGAAAAAGCUUAAAUGUGGCCAUGAUUGUGUUGGCUUCUGUGGUGAACCAUGCCCUCCUUUAUGUAGAAUUUGUAAUGAAGAAGAAUUAACAACAAUUUUCUUUGGCUCAGAAGAUGAAGAGGACGCCAGAUUUGUGUAUCUGGAGGAUUGCAAACAUACUAUCGAGUCUAAGGCAUUGGAUGAGUGGUUGAAACAGCAAAAUGUUGAAAUAGGUCUCAAAAGCUGCCCGCUUUGUAAAACAUCAAUAAAGAGAACCUUGCGAUUCUUAAAUUAUUUGAAAAUUUCAUAUAUUGACAUCCAAAAUAUAAAGAAAAAAGUCUUUGGUAAUCUGAAAGAUAAUGAUGCAAAGAGGGAACAACUGAAUACUGCAUUGAAAGGAAUAGUUGUUCCACACAUAGUAAGACGAGAAAGUACUGAAAUACAAGAGAUGCUAACAUUACUGCAUUCUAACCUACAAAAUGUACGGAGGAAAAGACAAAUCUUCCUUUCAAAAACGGACCUUGACUCAUUAUCCAUUAAAGUAGAGUUUGUCUCAAAACUUCUCGAAACCAUGAACAUCUUUCAUAAAGCUUUGAAUGGAGAACCAUGUAAAAAACUUAUGAAGCAAUUUGACAGGCUGAUUUAUUUGAUGAGAACAAGGAAUACAAACAUGAGCCAACAGGAGGUAAAUGAUUUUAAUUUAGAAAUAAACAGAUUUAUGAGAGUGGCACAGUUCCGUAGUAUUGAGAGCAGCGACAGUUUCAAAACAUCCCAAUCUGAUGGUGUUGUUAUGGAUUUACACAAGAAAGCUGUGCAAGAAGUAAAAUCUAUUGAAAGAUAUACACCUAUACAGGACCAGAAACUGAAAGAAGUUUUGGAAAAACUGAACAAACAGUUGAAGGUCAUCACUGGAGAUAUUGAAAGAAUAAGGAGAGAAGUUGUGAAAGCAGUAGGUGAACGAUCUGGUCACUGGUUCAAAUGCCAAAAUGGACAUUACUAUGUUAUUGGAAACUGUGGAGGAGCAGUACAUGAAGGAAGAUGUCCAGAUUGCAAAGCUACAAUUGGUGGUGUAGGCUAUCGGCUACAUACGGGCAAUCGUCAUGCUGGGGAACUUGAUGGGUCAGCACAUCCAGCUUAUCCUAAUAUGUGAACACUUUUUUAGGAGUGUGUAUAUGUGUAUGCAUGAACUUUAUUUAUGUAUGGUUAAUGCAGAUUAUGUUGUUAGAAACCUAUGCCCAGAUUCAAUCAUUACAGAAAACUGUGUCAGUGUGAAUGUUCAUGUUACAAGUGUUCCCUUUUUUUAUACUGUGUAAACUGCAGUUUGUUCCAGGAUUAAAUAAAGCCACUUGCUCAAUA